AAAAAGCACUGAAAUUCUUGAGCUGGCGGCAGGGCUGAACGUAGCCCAGUUAAAGAUCCUUUCUUGCCACAUCCUCUCUAAGCCAGGCUGUGAGUACCGCGUGGAACGAAGGAGAAGAGUGGCGGUGAGGUCAGUAAAGAGCCGACCCAAGGUGCAUCUUUUAGGUCCGGAUGCUGGGAGCAGCCGUCCCCGCCCCUAUAUUCCUCUCACCAGGUAGGUUUGCCCGGGAGUGGCUACCUCCCAGGCAGAAAUUCGGCCUGGUUAAACUGGAAAGAGCAAGAAAGCCCGCCCACUGGCGCCCGGGGAACGCCUGCAAAGUGCCAGCACCCUACCAACCCAGGCACCUCACCGGUGCGGACGCGGCCGCGGGCUCUUCCGGGGCGGGCCUCGCCUGACGCAGGGGGAGGGGCGGCCCCGUCGCACACGAACCAAUCACGACAGACGCUUCUACGUGGCUAGCAUUGACCAACUGGAGACCGUGGAGAUAGCGACGGGGAAAUUCAAACGUGUUUGCGGAAAGGAGUUUAGGUUCCAUCUUUUCAUUUCCUCAGCGCCGCUUCCAGUGGUUUUUUUCUUAGAAAUGGAGUCCGAGGAUUUAAGUGGCAGAGAAUUGACAAUUGAUUCCAUAAUGAACAAAGUGAGAGACAUUAAAAAUAAGUUUAAAAAUGAAGACCUUACUGAUGAACUAAGCUUGAAUAAAAUUUCUGCUGAUACUACAGAUAACUCGGGAACUGUUAACCAAAUUAUGAUGAUGGCAAACAGCCCAGAGGACUGGUUGAGUUUGUUGCUCAAACUAGAGAAAAACAGUGUUCCUCUAAGUGAUGCUCUUUUAAAUAAAUUGAUUGGUCGUUACAGUCAAGCAAUUGAAGCACUUCCCCCAGAUAAAUAUGGCCAAAAUGAGAGUUUUGCUAGAAUUCAAGUGAGAUUUGCUGAAUUAAAAGCUAUUCAAGAGCCAGAUGAUGCACGUGACUACUUUCAAAUGGCCAGAGCAAACUGCAAGAAAUUUGCUUUUGUUCAUAUAUCUUUUGCACAAUUUGAACUGUCACAAGGUAAUGUCAAAAAAAGUAAACAACUUCUUCAAAAAGCUGUGGAACGUGGAGCAGUACCACUAGAAAUGCUGGAAAUUGCCCUACGGAAUUUAAACCUCCAAAAAAAGCAGCUGCUUUCAGAGGAGGAAAAGAAGACUUUAUCAGCAUCUAUGGUAUUAACUGCCCAAGAAUCAUUUUCCAGUUCACUUGGGCAUUUACAGAAUAGGAACAACAGUUGUGAUUCCAGAGGACAGACUACCAAAGCCCGGUUUUUGUAUGGAGAGAACAUGCCCCCACAAGAUGCAGAAAUAGGUUAUCGGAAUUCAUUGAAACAAACCAACAAAACUAAACAGUCAUGCCCAUUUGGAAGAGUCCCACUUAACCUUCUAAAUAGCCCAGACUGUGAUGUGAAGACAGAUGAUUCAGUUGUACCUUGUUUUAUAAAAAGACAAACCUCUAGAUCAGAAUGCCGAGAUUUGGUUGUGGCCGGAUCUAAACCAAGUGGAAAUGAUUCCUGUGAAUUGAGAAAUUUAAAGUCUGUUCAAAAUAUUCAUUGCAAGGAACCUCUGGUAUCAGAUGAAAAGAGUUCUGAACUUAUUACUGAUUCAGUAACCCUGAAGAAUAAAACUGAAUCAAGUCUUCGAGCUAAAUUAGAAGAAACUAAAGAGUACCAAGAACCAGAGGUUCCAGAGAGUAACCAGAAACAGUGGCAAUCUAAGAGAAAGUCAGCAUGUAUUAACCAGAAUCCUGUUGCAUCUUCAAAUCAGUGGCAGAUUCCAGAGUUAGCCCGAAAGGUUAAUAUAGAGAAACACACCACUUUUGAGCAACCUGUCUUUUCAGUUUCAAAACAGUCACCGCCAAUGUCAGCAUCUAAAUGGUUUGACCCAAAAUCUAUUUGUAAGACACCAAGCAGCAAUACCUUGGAUGAUUACAUGAGCUGUUUUAGAACUCCAGUUGUAAAGAAUGACUUUCCACCUGCUUGUCAGUUGUCAACACCCUAUGGCCAACCUGCCUGUUUCCAGCAGCAGCAGCAGCAAAUACCUGCUACUCCACUUCAAAAUUUACAGGUUUUAGCAUCCUCUUCAGCAAAUGAAUGCAUUUCGGUUAAAGGAAGAAUUUAUUCCAUAUUAAAGCAGAUAGGAAGUGGAGGUUCAAGCAAGGUAUUUCAGGUGUUGAAUGAAAAGAAACAGAUAUAUGCUAUAAAAUUUGUGAACUUAGAAGAAGCAGAUAACCAAACUCUUGAUAGUUACCGGAACGAAAUAGCUUAUUUGAAUAAACUACAACAACACAGUGAUAAGAUCAUCCGACUUUAUGAUUAUGAAAUCACGGACCAUUACAUCUACAUGGUAAUGGAGUGUGGAAAUAUUGAUCUUAAUAGUUGGCUUAAAAAGAAAAAGUCCAUUGAUCCAUGGGAACGCAAGAGUUACUGGAAAAAUAUGUUAGAGGCAGUUCACACAAUCCAUCAACAUGGCAUUGUUCACAGUGAUCUUAAACCAGCUAACUUUCUGAUAGUUGAUGGAAUGCUAAAGCUAAUCGAUUUUGGGAUCGCAAACCAAAUGCAACCAGAUACAACAAGUAUUGUUAAAGAUUCUCAGGUUGGCACAGUUAAUUAUAUGCCACCAGAAGCAAUCAAAGAUAUGUCUUCCUCCAGAGAGAAUGGGAAGUCUAAGUCAAAGAUAAGCCCCAAAAGUGAUGUUUGGUCCUUAGGAUGUAUUUUGUACUAUAUGACUUAUGGGAAAACACCAUUUCAGCAUAUAAUUAAUCAGAUUUCUAAGUUGCAUGCCAUAAUUGAUCCUAAUCAUGAAAUUGAAUUUCCUGAUAUUCCAGAGAAAGAUCUUCAGGAUGUGUUAAAGUGUUGUUUAAAAAGGGACCCAAAACAGAGGAUAUCCAUUCCUGAGCUCCUGGCUCAUCCAUACGUUCAAAUUCAAACUCAUCCAGGUAACCAAAUGGCCAAGGGAACCACUGAAGAAAUGAAAUAUGUUCUGGGCCAACUUGUUGGUCUGAAUUCUCCUAACUCCAUUUUGAAAGCUGCUAAAACUUUAUAUGAACACUAUAGUGGUGGUGAAAGUCAUAAUUCUUCAUCAUCCAAGACUUUUGGAAAAAAAAGGGAAAAAAAAUGAUUUGCGGUUACUCGUAAAUUGUCACAUACCACCUAUAAAAUAUAUUGGACUGUAAUACUCUUGACUCCUUGUGGAAAUCUACAUUUGAAGACAACAUCACUCUUAAGUGUUAUCAGCAAAAAAAAUUCAGUAGAUUAUCUUUAAAAGAAAACUGUAAAAAUAGCAACCACUUAUGGCACUGUAUAUAUUGUAGACUUGUUUUCUCUGUUUUAUGCUCCUGUGUAAUCUAUUUGACAUCAUUUCACUCUUGGAAUAGUGGGUGGAUAGCAAGUAUAUUCUAAAAAUCUUUGUAAAUAAAGUUUUGUGGCAUAAAAUGACACUAACAUUU